AAAAAAACUAGUAAAACAGGAAGAUUUUGAGUUAGGUAAAAGUAUUUUGCUACAAUUUUUGCUAAUUUCCCGGGUUAAUGUGAAUCCUGCACUGCUUACUCUACGUCCGGAUCUAAUACAGGCAGUUCAUACUGAGAACUGGCUGCACUAGUUCACGAAGUUUGCACUAAAACGUUCUUUUUAGCUGAACCGUGCAAGAGAAAGCGUUCUUUUUAGCAGUACAACCUGAACUAGUACAGCGCCAGUUAGCAGGAUUCACAUUAACCCGCGAAAUUUAAAAUAUUCAUUGAAUAAAGAUUAUGAUAAUGAUUGUGAUUUGUUACAUAUAUAUGUAUGAAAUAUGUAUAAGCAGCAAUAGAAUUUAACGAACCAAUUGAUAUAUCUGAAAAGCAACUACUUAGAUGGUACAACGAUUAUAUUCUCUUCUAUAUAAUUUAAUAAUUCACCAUUAGUAAGACAUCGAGCCAUGUCGUUUGUUAUGUUGGCUAUUGCAUUAUAUAGUUCUUUUUAUGUAUAUUCUUGCACUUGCUUACACUAUCUUGAACUAGGUUUAUUCGCGUUGCUUGAAAUUUCCAAAAAUGUUUGCACUAAAAACGAGAUAAAUAUAUAUUCGGAUGUUGAAGAGAGUGAAAGCGAAGAUGCUGAGUACAAAAAGUUCAAGCAACGCGAACAAACCUACUGAUUUGAAUAGUGCAGUUCUAUGGCAGCCCCAAGGUACCGAUUAUGUAACUUUUUCCCUAGGGCGGAAACAUGGAAAGUGAAAAAUAUUAGCAUUGAAAUCAAUGGCAAAAUUUUUCACUUUUCCGCCCUAGGGGAAAAGUUACAUGAUUGAUACCCUGGUCAGCUAAAAAGGACAAACCAUUUAUUAUAGGAUCCCAUGAUCUGUGAUACCGCCAUUAUCAGAUGUUUGCUCUUUGUAUACGAUUAAAAGUAAUCGAUAUUGCCGGCAGUAUCGCUUUAAAUGAUAUACAUAUAUACUUGGCACAUUAUUUGCGAAGACUAUCAGGGAAAUUCGCCAUGAAAUUAUAUACUAAGCGCCGGCAUAAAAGCACCUUGGAAGAAAAUGGGUGAGUUACCCAUUGAAUGAAAACAGGGGCGUAACGACGAAUUACGGGGCAUCGGAUAAAGUAAUAUAAAUGCCAUUUUGCUUGUGAAGCGAGGAGGGGAGAAACAUCGGCGAGCAGAUUAUAUAAAAAUUUAACGAUGGAACAGGAAAACACACUUGGGAAAGGAAAAGGUAAAUAUACGUAAAAUAUAUGGUCGACUUAUACAAAUAGCCUUCGGAAGAAACCGUUGAACGAGGGGUUGAAAUCGAUGCGAGCGAGCGAGCGUGGGUGUUCCAGGGUAUAGUCGUGAUCUCGCGUUGUCCGAUUGGCUGGCUGGUCUCCCACAUGCGUCCCCUCCUUACCAUAAGCCAGCGCCUCAGGUGAGAUCUGCGGCUCGACGCGCGUACACGGCACAGGUGCGUUCACAGUGUGGUUGUGCACCCACUGUCACGCGCCAGCGGGGAUAGAGUCUCUCCUUUUACGGGCGUAAGAAGAAAAAGGAAGUAGCGAGAGCACGAAGGGUGAGCGAAUCAAGGGGAACAACUCGAGAGAGAGAUUUAGCGAGCGGAAGAAAGAGGGAAACCUUGUUCGGAAAGAUUCCAAAGAAAGGGCGAAUCAAGUGGUGGGAGCGACCCCGCCGUGUAUUUUCAUCCCCCGCACGCAUAUAGAUACACGUAUACAACACAGCCGAAGCGGAGUCCUCUCGGGGCGAGGAACCUUGCACGAGCCACCCUCCCCGAGGAAUUACAAACCUCGAACCUUGGUAGUGCACAGGUAUCAGCGGACAAGCGAGCGAGGUGAUUCUCGCAAGGUGAGGAUACAUCACCCUCUUUGUUCGCGUUUGUGAGGAAGAGCAUAGGGUUUCUUGGAAAGAAGAGGUCCUGGUGAGAAAAGGGGAAUUCAGAGGUACACGCGCAGGGACUCGUCGCAGCAACAAGAGGAGCGGAAGUCGCGUCGAGCACCCGUCGAGCAUCCGCGAAGAGAGUAUGGUACGGAGAUUCUGCAACGGCGCGGUUGCACUUGGCAUCGCCCUGACGGCCUGCGCCGCUUUUCCGCGCGCCGUCAUGGCGAUCGACCUCAGCCGCUUCUACGGCCACAUCAACACGAAACGCUCGGAUGCUUGCCACCCGUACGAACCGUUCAAGUGCCCGGGCGAUGGUAUCUGCAUUUCGAUACAGUAUUUGUGUGACGGCGCACCCGACUGUCAGGAUGGAUACGACGAGGACUCGAGAUUGUGUACCGCAGCCAAACGACCACCCGUAGAAGAAACUGCGAGUUUUUUGCAGUCCCUGCUAGCAAGCCAUGGCCCCAAUUAUCUGGAGAAGCUAUUCGGAAACAAAGCGCGCGAUACGCUGAAGCCUCUAGGUGGUGUGGAAAAAGUGGCCAUCGCGCUGUCCGAAUCACAGACGAUCGAGGACUUUGGCGCGGCGCUGCACCUGAUGCGCUCAGAUCUCGAGCACCUGCGCUCAGUCUUCAUGGCGGUGGAGAAUGGCGACUUGGGUAUGCUGAAAUCGAUCGGUAUCAAGGACUCUGAACUGGGCGACGUCAAGUUCUUCCUCGAGAAACUCGUUAAAACGGGCUUUCUCGAUUGAACGACAGUUACUCCCGCCGCCGUCGAUGACGAUGAAUCGCCGUCGUCGUCGUCGCAUCAGCAGAUCCUUUGUUUGAUGAAGCCUAAAUCUGGUUCUUUUCGCGGACACCUCUUCCUUUCAUCGCCAAUUCUUGCGCACAGGAUGUAGACCGUCACUUUUCUUUCUUCUCCUAUUCCUCUCGCGAAUCCUCUGCUCUUGCUUCAACGCGACGAACGCGAUCAUCGAGCACCGAAAUAAUCGUCGAGACGAUCUGCGUGACGAACGAUCAGGCAGGUCUUCGUUUCGCAUAUUUUAUAUGACCAUUAUAUUUGGAUAAUUCUAAUCUCGUACAUGCGUAUUGUCAAUCUGUUUAGGAAAGAAUACAAUUAUUAGAGGAUAUGGCUGAUAAUAUAUCGCAUAUGCUCAUGGAGGGUUUAUUAUUAUGAUUUUUUUAGUAGCAUCUAUAUAUAUCGUAAUUUUACGCAAAUCUACGUGAAAGUAUCAGCACUGAAAAAACACAUGCAUUAGCUUAUUUAUAAUCUGCAAUCUAAUAUAGUAUAUAUUUUUUCAAUUUCAAACGAAACAUCUCAAAAUAAGUAACAUGAUGUGUAGCUUAUUUUUAUUUUACUCUGUACUUUCUUUUAUAUUAUUAAUCCUAAAUAAUAUCACUAAAAUUUUCGUGAAUGUUUCGGCAGGAUUCUUCUAUAACGUUCAUUCUCGCUUUUCUCAUUGUUAGUAUCGAACGUAAUCUUUCUUCGUGUGAACAUAUAAUGAGCUUUCAGUCGACCUAUUUCUAAAAUAUUGAGCUUCCUCGUGUAUCUUAUAACUACUACACUAUAACUGGUGCAUAUAUGUGCUGCCGCGUGUCCCGGUUUUAUUCAAGCUUUGUCUUCAAUAUUGCUAGCACACACGCCGUCUUACAUAAGUGAUGAAUGGUCGACGACAAUCGUUCGCAAUCGGUAACGAUGUAAUCGUUCGACAGUUGUGCAUUUAAAUUACUUAAAAUACACACAAGCCACGCUAUAUACAGAUUUUCUUACAAUUAUUAUUGAAUUAUUAAUGCAUUAGAGUAGAAAUUUCUUGUUUAAUUUCAUUUAUUAUCUAAUCUUCUUAAACUUAAUAAGCCGCUUCUCAGAAACAUUUUCGAUUAGAUUGCUAUCUUCAAGUUCCACAGAAGAAACUUUACGAGAGGAAACUCGCGUAGGAAGUAAUCGUGUUCAGAUAUGGCAAAGUAGUUUUUAAUGAAAAUUGUAUUACUUUGUGGAAAGAUCGUGCGGAAUCGAAUCCUUAACAGAAUAUAAUGUACUGUUAUGAUAGUUUACUAUAAAUAAUUUUAUUUUUUUCGGAAAUUGCACAACUAUCGAAUCUAUUGUUACCGAAGUUACGCCUCUCGAUGGCGAAUUAGAGGCGGGGGCAGGGGAGAAGUCGCAUGGAGACUUAUAUAUUCUUAGUUAGUUAUGCAUAUUGUAAAGAAACUGCACGCAACGAUUAUUAUUCUCGUUAUUCUCUCUUGAGAUAUCUUUCUAACGUACUUUUCAAUCAAACGAACAAUGCUGUGAAUUUUCUGUUAUAUUAAUUAUAGAGUAGUAUGUAUUAAGAGAUGAUAGCUUUUAUUCGAAUUUAGACUAUUACUGCUGGAACAGUAUAUUGAUUUAAGUCGAUGUUCUCUUCUCAUGUCUAUAUUUUUUAACUUAGCUUCAUUAUCGCGAAAAUCGCUUCUAUUUGCGAUAAGUUUCGCGACGCAACUUUACAACGUAUUGAGUAUACAAAAAGAAAUAAAAAUGUAGUAUAGAUAAAUGUCAUACCGAGAAACUCUUCGAUUUAUAUUUUCACCGCAUUUGAUGAAAUCUUUGCCUUGGUCAAGAUGGCAUUGGAGUGGAAGACGUAAUGACGCAAUAGUAUUUAACGUUUAGCGUAUUAAACGUGCGGUGAAAAUAUCAUCUUUCGGAUCUAAGGAUCAGGUGCUCUUGAUUUUUCUCGGUGCAAUCGAACGUCACGCAGUCGUAAUAUAACAUCACACGGCAAUGUUAAAUACAUAUGUGUUUUAAAGUUGAGAAAAUGGGUACAAAAGAAGAAAUAUGGAGUAUCGCGUCGCGUUCUUUCAGGGUAUGACGCGUAUUUUAUUCACUAUAUAGGGAAAAAAGCAAGAUAUAUAUAUAUGUAUAUGUAUAUAUAUAUACACACUCAUAUACAUAUAUAUGAAACGAAUAGGUGGACUCAUUAAAUGUUCUUUAUCCGUAUACUGUUCGAGGAUAUCUUAAUUAGAUAGUUAACGAAGUAUGUUAAAAGUUAAGGCUACGACGCUCAUACAAAAUAAUUACGAAAUACAACAACGUGAAUGUACGUGGUAUUAUCGAUGCAGUCAAUAUCCUGUUGCGGUCGUUUCGUUUUGGGAUUUUGUCGGCACACACUCGCGAUUCUCGUCAAAUUAUAUAAAUGUCGUCGUAACUGAGGAAAUGAAAAAUCUAUCAAUGUAGCGUGUAUAUUGUAUUUACGUAUAAUCGAUCGAUUAUUUAUCCGCGAUUUCUCGCUCGAAUGAACGAAUGGAUCGCGGCUAAAACAGGAACGAAUUAGACAAAAAUUUGACGAUA